AUGGCCGACUGCGAGUCUUGCUCCCGCACCUUUGUCAACUGGCAUGCUGCCCGACAGCACAUGAAUGCCGUCGGCCAUUGGGCCUGUGAGACCUGCAGUUAUGAGUUUUGGACACAAGAGGACGCCGAGGACCACAUGGAUGACCUCGGCCACAGACGUCCACGCUUCGAAUGCGAGGCUUGCGACUAUGCGUUCGACACCUCGCAAGAAGCAAGGAGACACAUGGAUGCACUCAAUCACUGGAGGGUGAAUUGGUGCGACAGCUGCGAGAGAGGCUUUCAGAACGAGAACAAUCUGAGGAUUCACCUCAAUUCGAACAUCCACCGCGGCUCUAACAUUACCUGUCCUUUCUGCAAGCGCUGCUUCACGACUGCCACAGGUGUAGCGCACCAUCUCGAAACGGGCUCCUGCCCCAACGCCCGCGCCGUCGACCGCGAUACCAUCCUCAAUGCCGUCCGCCGCCGCGAUCCGCAUCAUCUGAUCACCAAAAAGCUCCUGACCUACCCGUCCUCCACGUCUUCUAGCAUCGAGGCCACGGCCGCAUUGUACAAUGAAUAUCGCGGAUGCUACGAGUGCUAUCUCUGCCACAAGGGAUUCGGUAGCUUGAGUGGCUUGAACCAACACGUGCGAAGCCCGGUGCAUAAGCAGAAUGCAUAUCAUUGUCCGGGGAGGGCAUGCGGUAGGGAGUUCAAGGCACUGGCCGGAUUGUUCAACCAUCUGGAGAGCGAGACUUGUGGCGCUGUAAGGUUUGAGGCUAUGCAAAGGAACGUUGGGAGUUUCCUGAGCGGGAGAAAGAUGAUUAGAUUUACGUGA